UACUCUACAAUGCCAUUCCUCGGUAGUCCUGCACUCCCUCCCUCUCUCCUCCGCUCUGUCUCUCUGCUGGCAGUAAUCUCCAGCCGCUCUCGCUGCCUCCCAGCUUUCUGCCCCGCCACAGCACAUCUCUCUCCCCCCUCGGCUCCGCUCUCUCCCCAGUGAGGAUGACAUCCCCAAAUUUGAUGAACCAGCGAAGCUCUCAUUCCGGCUGGUGGCUUCCGAGGGAGACCCCACAUGAACGGGCUUACUGGACGAGGUGGUGCCGCGUCUAAGGAGCUUCGUAGGAAACCCAUCAGCUGUAGCAGUCUCUGAACUGGUGACUACCAUCCAUCAACUCUCUAGAUAAGACCAUCUCUUUUGGAAAAACCUCAUUAAAAAGACAAAACAGCCAGAAUUGCCGGACACAUGUCACAGGUUGAGCAGGAAAUCUCACUCGUCCAGAGGAAGAUGUCUGACCUUGAGUCAGUGUUGCAGCAGAAGGAUAUAGAGUUGAAGGCCUCAGAGACCCAGAGGACCAUCCUGGAACAGGACCUGGCCACCUACAUCACAGAAUGCAGUAGUCUAAAGCGCAGCUUGGAACAGGCUCGUAUGGAGGUGUCACAGGAGGACGAUAAAGCACUGCAGCUUCUCCACGACAUCCGGGAGCAAAGCAACAAGCUGCAAGAGAUCAAAGAACAGGAAUAUCAUGCCCAGCUGGAAGAGAUGCGAGUUUCCAUCAGACAGCUGGAGGAGGACCUGUCUGCUGCUCGUCGCCGUAGCGACUUGUAUGAGGCUGAGCUGAAAGAGUCUCGGCAGACCAGCGAGGAGCUGAAGAGGAAGGCAGCCGACUACCAGCAUAGGAUGCAGAAGGCCAAAGAGCAAGGCAAAGCAGAAGCAGAGGACCUGAUGGCCAAGUUGGAGAAGACAAAUGCUGAGCAGCAGACAAAGAUCCAGGAUCUUCAAGAAAAGCUUGGCAAGUCGUUAAAGGCCACUGCUGAAGCAACGGACCUCCUUCAGAGUAUGAGAGUGGCCAAAGAGCGCAUGGAGCGAGAUCUAGAGAGGCUACACAACAAGGAAGACUCCAGUGACAGCCUGCGUAGACGCCUCCGUGAGACUGAGGAUGGUAGGAAGACUCUUGAGAACCAGGUGAAAAGGCUGGAGAUUGUCGAGCGCCGGGAGACUAAACUGAAGGAUGAGAUCCAGAGCAAGACCCAGCAGAUUCAGCAGAUGGCAGAUAAGAUUCUGGGGCUGGAGGAGAAUCUGCGAGAGACCCAAGCCACAGCCCAGAGGUUGGAGACUCAUCUGAAGCAGAAGGAGAAGCUCUAUGAAGACAAAAUAAAGGUGUUGGAGGCCCAGAUGAAGGCGGACAUGGCUGAUAAGGAGAUGCUGGAGUCCAGUCAGAGCAAAUAUGAGGAGGAGGUGCAGGAGAAGUGCAGCAUCAUCAGUGAACAGAAGGCGACCAUAAAUGCUAUGGACUCUAAGAUGAACAGCCUGGAGCAGAGAAUCGCUGAGCUGUCUGAGGCCAACAAACUGGCAGCCAACAGCAGUAUCUACACCCAGAAAAACAUGAAAGCCCAGGAGGAGAUGAUCUCAGAGCUUCGCCAGCAGAAGUUCUACUUGGAGUCUCAGGCUGGGAAACUGGAGGCCCAGAAUGCCAAACUGGAGGAGCAUCUAGAGAAAAUGAGUCAGCAGGAGCAAAGCAAUAAGAGCCGUGUCCUGGAGCUGGAAACUAGGCUCCGGGAGAUCGGGCUGGAACACGAGGAACAGAAGCUGGAGAUUAAGCGCCAGGUGACAGAGCUGACCCUGUCACUGCAGGAGCGAGAAUCCCAGAUCAGCAACCUGCAGGCAGCUCGCCACGCUCUGGAGAACCAACUACAGCAGGCCAAGACGGAGCUGGAGGACACCACUGCAGAGGCCGAGGAGGAGAUCACUGUGCUCAGAGCACACAGAGAUGAGAUACAGCGCAAGUUUGAUGCCUUGAGAGACAGCUGCGCGGUGAUCACAGAUCUGGAGGAGCAGCUGACCACACUGACUCAGGAGAACGCCGAGCUGAACCGCCAAAACUUCUACCUGUCCAAGCAGCUAGAUGAGGCCUCUGACGAGAGAGAGGACCGUCUGCAGCUCAGCCAGGAUGUAGAUAGGCUGCGUCGGGAGGUGGCCGACCGCGAAAUGCACCUUAACAACCAGAAGCAGAACCUUGAGACACUGAAGACCACAUGCACCAUGUUGGAGGAGCAGGUUCUGGAGCUAGAGACCCUGAAUGAUGAGCUGCUAGAGAAGGAGAGACAGUGGGACGCCUGGAGGGCAACGCUGGAAGAGGAGAAGAGCCAGGCUGAGAGGAGGACCAGGGAGAUCCAGAGACUGCUGGACACAGAGAAACAGAACAGGCUUCGUGCAGAGCAGCGCAACUCUGAGUCCCGCCAGGCUGUGGAACAGGCAGUUAAGGAGCACAAAGCUGAGAUCCUGGCCUUGCAGCAGGCCCUCAAAGACCAGAAACUCAAAGCUGAGAGCCUUGCCGACACUUUGAAUGAUCUGGAGAAGAAGCAUGCCAUGCUGGAGAUGAAUGCCCGCAGUUUGCAGCAAAAGCUUGAGAGUGAGAGGGAUCUGAAGCAGAGGCUGUUGGAGGAGCAAGAGAAACUGCAGCAGCAGAUGGAUGCCCAGAAGACCCACAUCUUCCGUCUGACCCAGGGCCUGCAGGACGCUCUGGACCAGACUGACCUGCUGAAGACUGAAAGGACUGACCUGGAGUACCAGCUGGAGAACAUCCAGCUCCACCUGCAGGCUGUGUACUCCCAUGAGAAGGUGAAAAUGGAGGGGACCAUCACCCAGCAGACCAAGCUCAUAGACUUCCUCCAGUCCCAGGCCCAUGGUGGCUCCAAGAAGAAAAAGGGUCUGUUUGGACGUCGUCGAGAGGACCUGUUGGCUGCCAUGGCUGCUCAGGCCCAGGCUCAGGGUCAGAGUCAAGGCCCAGUUUCCCCUGUGCCCCCCAUCCAGCCGGUGCCCCUGCAGUACAGCGACAUGAAGGUAGCUCUGGACAAAGAGCGUGCUCGCUGCUCCGAGCUGGAAGAUGCUCUGCAGAAAAUGAGAGCGGAGCUGCGAUCCCUGAGAGAGGAAGCGCUCCAGUAUAAGGAUCAUGGGAACUCAACAAACCCGGCCACAGCACGGCAGCAGAUGAUUAUGUCUGCCAUAGUGAAGUCUCCAGAGCACCAGCAGGGCCCGACCAACCUGGCAACCUCCAACUCUGGACGCAGGAAGGAGACUGCAACACCCGAGGAGUAUAGCCGUCGUUUGAAGGACAGUCAGAGAGACAGAGAGAGGGAGAGAGAGAGGGUGGUGCACCACAACACCCCUCACCGCUUCACAGUGGGACUCAACAUGAGAGCUGCCAAGUGUACUGUGUGCCUGGAUACUGUGCACUUUGGUCGCCAAGCUGCUACCUGUCUCGAAUGUCACGCUUUGUGCCACCCAAAAUGCUCCCCCUGCCUUCCAGCUACAUGUGGCAUGUCCAGCGACUGCUCCCUGCACCUGUCUGAGGGGCUGUGUCGGGACAAAGGCAGCUCCCCGGGCCAACAGCUCAAAGAGGCCAGCGGACACAUGCACCUGGAGGGCUGGAUGAAACUGCCCAGGAAUGGGAAGCGAGGCCAGGGCUGGGAGAGAAAAUAUAUGGUUCUGGAUGGAACUAAAGUGUCCAUCUACGAGAUAGAGCCCAGAGAAGAUUCAGUGAAGCCACUGGAAGAGUUUGACCUGUGUUUGUCAGAUGGAGAGGUGAUUGUUCAUGGAGCAGUAGGGGCAUCUGAGCUACCCAACACGGCCAAGUCAGAUGUUCCCUACGUCCUGAAGCUGGAGUCCCGUUGUCAUGCCCCCUGCUGGCCUGGACAGUCAGUUUACUUCAUGGCUCCCAGUUUCCCAGACAAACAGCGCUGGGUGGCUGUUAUGGAGUCCGUGGUGGCCGCGGGGCGAGCCUCACGGGAGAAGGCCGAGGCCGACGCAAAGCUGCUAGGAAACUCUCUCCUAAAGCUGGAGGGAGAUGACAGGCUGGAUAUUAACUGCACCCUCCCCCUCACAGAUCAGAUAGUUCUGGUGGGCUCUGAAGAGGGUCUGUACGCCCUGAAUGUCAUCAAGAACUCUCUGACUCACAUCCCCGGCCUGGGAUCAGUCUUUCAGAUCCACAUCAUCAAAGAGCAGGAGAAACUGCUGAUGAUUGUCGGGGACGAGAGGGCGUUGUGUCUGGUGGAGAUUAAGAGAGUGAAGCAGUCUCUGGCCCAGUCCCACCUGCCCAGCCAGUCUGAACUGGCCCCCUACAUCUUUGAGACAGUGAAAGGCUGCCAUCUGUUUGCUGCAGGGAGAAUAGACAAUGGGCCUUGUAUAUGUGCUGCAAUGCCUAACAAGAUAACCAUCCUGCGCUACAACGAGAAUCUCAACAAAUACUGCAUUCGUAAGGAGAUUGAAACUCUGGAGCCCUGCAGCUGCGUCCACCUGACCAGCUACAGCAUCAUCAUCGGCACCAACAAGUUCUACGAGAUUGAGAUGAAGCAGUUUGUGCUUGAGGAGUUCCUGGACAAGAACGAUGUGUCACUGGCCUCGGCAGUGUUUGCGGCCUCCUCCCACAGUUUCCCUAUCGCCAUCAUGCAGGUGGCCAGCAGCAUGCAGAAGGAGGAAUACCUGCUGUGUUUUCACGAGUUUGGAGUGUUUGUGGACACGUACGGACGAAGAAGCCGCACUGAGGACAUUAAGUGGAGCCGUCUGCCUCUGUCCUUUGCCUACAGAGAGCCCUACCUGUUUGUCACCUACUUCAACUCCCUGGACGUCAUCGAGGUUCAGGGACAUGCUUCUCUGGGUCCUACAGUGCUGGCCCACCUGGACAUCCCCAACCCUCGCUACCUGGGCCCAGCCAUCUCCUCCGGGGCCAUUUACAUGGCUUCCUCCUACCAGAACAAGCUGCGGGUGAUCUGCUGUAAGGGAAGUCUGAUCAGAGAGUCGGGAGAGCUGCAGAGGACCGGCUCCAGCCGAGGUAGUCCAAGUAAGCGAGGCCCUCCCACCUACACAGAGCACAUCACCAAGCGUUUGACCUCAGGCCCCGGCAGCCAUGACGGCCUGCAUCGGGAGCCCAGCACCCCACAUCGUUAUCGGGAGGGCCGCACCGAGUUCAGACGGGACAAGUCUCCCGCCCGACCGCUGGACAGGGAGAAGUCGCCCGGCAGGGUGCUCGACAGUCGCAGGGAGAGGUCUCCUGGGAGAUUCGGGGACAGCACCCGACUCCAUGCUGGGUCUGUCCGAACGCAGCUCGCCCCUGUGAACAAGGUGUGGGAUCAGUCAUCGGUGUGAGUCCAGUCCGGCGCAGCUCCUGACCGGAGGUUGAAGAGAAACUUUGGGAAACCCUUGAUCCACUCUGAGUGCAAGCACACACACACACACACACGCGCACACACACGCACACACACAUCACUCAGGCUGUCAGCCCCAUUGCCUGUACAUAGUGCAGUCUCCUCGUUCAGCAACACAUAAACCUGCACUGGGAGACGUCUCCUGCGACAAUCCUCUU